AUGGAUUCGUGGCUGAGUAAAUUCGUGAUGGGUCUGUUGGUGAUGACUGCUAUCUUUGAAGCAUCUGGUGUCUACGCGUGGACUGGCGAGAUUCGUGGCAGAGUUGUAUGCGAUGUAUGUGCUGAUUCUUCAAUCGGACCAGAAGAUCAUGUUCUUCAAGGAGCAGAGGUUGCGGUUCUCUGCAUAACCAAAUCUGGAGAGGUAGUGAACUAUCAAGCAUUCACAAACUCAAAAGGUGUUUACACAGUAGCAGAGACAAUGCCAGAGAGUGAACGUUGGGACGCUUGCCUUGCAAGACCAAUAAGCAGCUUCCACACGCCUUGCAACCGCUUAAACCAGGCCAAUACCGGGAUCAAAUUCACUUAUAACCGCCCUUCCGGUUACCAUCAUGCCGUGAAACCUAAGAAUGACAACAUUUUCACCUUAAUGUUGUAUAAAGAGAAUUGCAUCGUUGUGGACGAUAAGGGUAAAACGGUAAUCUACGAUGUGAGUUUUAAGGUAUCAGAUUUGGCGGGAGGUUUAGCCGGAGGAGGUGGUCACAAGAAGCAUCUUGUGGAAUAUUCCGAUGGAGAAGUUUUGCCUGUGGAUAAGUACGUGAAACACGUUUGA